AUGUCGGUUGUAGUUCAAGGCAAGGUGGUGAUGCAGCGGGUGGGCAAGGAGCGUAUGUCGCCGUACGCGGUACUGGUGAAGUCUUUGACACAGGAGGAGGUGCUCGAACAGUUCCCCGAGAUAAUCCCCAUCAACAACCGGCCCAACACCCAUUCGAGCGCGUCUUCCGGGGACGAGCACAAAGACAGUGUUUUUACGGGGCACGAUGAGGAGCAGAUAAAGUUGAUGAACGAGAACUGCAUCAUCGUGGACUGGGACGACGAGCCGAUCGGUGCGGGGACGAAGAAGUUGUGUCACCUAAUGGAGAACAUCGACAAGGGCCUUCUCCACCGAGCCUUCUCUGUGUUCGUGUUCAGCGCGGACGGGCGCUUGUUGUUGCAGCAGCGUGCGACCGAGAAAAUCACCUUCCCAGACUUGUGGACCAAUACGUGCUGCUCGCACCCGCUCUGUGUGGAUGCCGAGGUGGGGCUCAAGGGCACGUUGGAGGCGAAGGUGCAGGGCGCCUGGACGGCUGCGGUGCGCAAGUUGGAGCACGAGUUGGGUAUUCCGCCAGCGCAGACGUUGAAGCGGGGCAAGUUCCACUUUUUGAACCGUAUCCACUACAUGGCGCCCAGCAACGGACCGUGGGGCGAGCACGAAAUUGACUAUAUCCUUUUCUACCGCGUGUCUGACGGCUGCACCCUUACCGUGGAUCCGAACCCUAACGAAGUGCGGAACUCGCGGUGGGUGACACAGCACGAAUUGAAGGAGAUGUUCGCGAAUCCGGAACUAAAAUUCACCCCGUGGUUCAAGUUGAUCUGCCAAAGCUACUUGUUUGAGUGGUGGGGGCAGUUGUCUGACCUAUCCAGGGUGGAAAAUGACACACAGAUACAUCGGAUGGUGUAG